AUGUCGUCCUCCUACGGCGGUCGCAACGACCGGCCUCCUCCUCCUCCUCAAUCUUACGCACUCUCAGCUCCGGCCCUGCCCGACCCCUACGGCUACGGCCAGCAGCAGCAGCUUCAGCAGUAUCCACCUCAGCCUCCGUACGGGUCGUCGGCAUCAUCGUCGUUCGGGUCCGGGUAUUGUCAGUCGUUCCCCCGGGACCCGGAUGCGAUUCGGAGCUUCGAGAUGGCUGACAGGGAUUGGAGCGGGUACAUUGACGAGAAGGAAUUGCAACAGGCUCUCUGUUCCGUGUCGUAUCAGAGGUUCAGCAUCAAAACCGUUCGGUUGCUCAUGUUCCUGCUUAAGAAUCCCAAUGACCAUCUUCGACUAGGCUCCAAAGAGCUCGCUGCUUUGUGGAGCUGCCUCAGUCAGUGGAGGGCCAUAUUUGAGAGAUUUGAUAGAGACAGAAGUGGAAAACUUGACUUGACAGAACUAAGAAAUGCUCUUUACAGUCUAGGCUAUGUGAUCCCGCCAUCUGUUCUUCAAGUUCUGAUGUCUAAAUAUGAUGACAUCAGUGGCAGGACAUGCGAACUUAAUUUUGAUGCUUUUGUCGAGUGCGGAAUGAUUGUGAAGGGUCUGACAGAGAAAUUCAAAGAGAAAGAUCCGCGGUACACAGGAUUGGCGACACUCGGAUAUGAUGAGUUCAUGUCUAUGAUCCUUCCUUUUCUGGUAUCAUAA